UAUUUGUAUUUGUAUUUUUAUUCUUUAGUUUAUUUACUGCUUCCCUUCUCUCGUUCUUUCUCUCCCGGGGUUCACCCAACAGGUUGGAUCGAGCGCGGGAAGGAGUGGACCUUCCUCCAGCAGCCGCGUCCCCCGGAGCAAAAUGUCCACGUGUGACCACUCUGUUUGUUGUGCACCUACCUCAGCAGGUCCUCUCGGCCAUCCACAAGCUCCGAUCCAACGUCCGUGACCUUGCCGGCCUUGCCAAGUACCGUGGGUCAGGUGCAGGCGUACGCACCUUUGCCCCACAAGCCAAUGACGUUUCCUUGACACCACACGGCCCAACACGCAGAGGAGACGGAGGAAGCUACGAUGAGGAUUGGAGCUCCAUGGGAGAAAAAUGUGGAAAGAUGGACGAAGCUGGCUCACCUGCUUAUUCACGGCCGGUCUAGGAGUCACAAAGUUUAAUAAUCACUGCCCUCGCCUGCCCGAUGCGAUCCGAUGCGAUCCGAUCCAGUGCGUUACCAUGAGUGGUUCUUUCCGUACCAUACCAUGUGGUGGUUUUCGCAAACUUCUUCUCCGUGGUAGCGCCAAGGCGCAAGGUGGUGGAGGGGGUGAAAAUCACCCGCCGACCAAGCUUCUCGGAGGUGAGCGUAAGCUUGCUUGUCACUUCGUCCCAUCAAGCGAGGCAAUUCUCGAUCCUCGGCGUACCUAUUGCCAAGUAACUGAUACACGACAUCCAACUCGAGGAAGCAAAGGGACUACCUACUCUUGCUCCGCCAAGCGACUCACGGACCUUGACGGAACCCGAACUCAUGUUCUCUCACGCCUAGUCUUUUCUUCUUAUACCCUGUUCCUGUAUUCAUCUACCCUCUUCCCCCCCCUCCUCUUCCCUUGUAAACUCGUCUUGGCAAGCUCAUCGAAUCCCGUCACAUCUUCCUCAUUCAUUAUACAUCUCCCUUGCCAAGGGGAGGUCAUACCGCCAUGACCCAACAGGAAGCAGUGUCACGCUCACCGAGCACCCUCUCGCGCCUUGCGCAGAAGUUUACCUCGCCCUCGAAGUCACCGUCGCCUAGCCCAACCGUUUCCACGCGCACAAGGACGACCGUCUUCGAGAAGAAAUCGCCCAUCUCGAGCUCCACCA